GAAUAAUAUUGAGACAAAUAUAUGAGGUUCCAUUAGGUGCUGGCAUUUGGUGGGGAGGCAGUCAGUGCUCGGGACUCUGGUCAACGGUAGUGUUAGUGGAGCAGGCGGGGAGGGAGGGCUUCGUCGUGGCUAUACGAUUUUCUCUGUGCCUCGCUGAUUUGAGACGACAAUCAACAAUCAUAACUCACAGGUGCUGAUACAAUGAGUCUCGGCUGCCGUGGAGUGAGUAACGAUGCCUUGAGGAAUCAGCGACCUGAGGCAUUAUAAGACAUCAAUGAUCAAAUCUCACUCCGAGCAAGCAUCCACUCGCCUCCAUGUUAGUUUCCGAUUUCCUAGAGCCUGUAGGGAAGGCUCCGCUAUGGAAGGGUGCGGAGGGCUCAAGAAACCUGACGGUGGACCCCCGCGUGGAGGACCUACGACACGCUGCCUACGGCGUCGUAGCUCCAAUUAUCGUCUUGGUCGGGAUGGUGGGCAAUCUGCUAACCAUUAUGAUCUUGAGGUUACCGCAGUUCAGAGGUGUGACGUACACGUACUUCCUGGCACUGGCCGUCAGUGACUUCCUGGCACUGGGUUUCAGCAUCUCCAUUCUCUACCACAUCAUCAUGGGCGGCACACCCCACUACUCCGAGGCCGUGUGGUUCUCCUACUACGAGCUCCUCUUCACUAACAUCCCCAUGAGCACUUCUGUUCUUAUUGUCGUGUGUGUGACCGUGGAUAGGUUCUUCUCUGUCUGUCGGCCUACGGACUUCAAGCGAAUCCACACGAGUCGUAAUGCCCGGGCUGGGAUUCUAAUCUCUGUGUUAACUUCUGUCGUUGUGUGGCUGCCAACUUGCCUCCUGAUGGAUCCCAAACUGUACGAUAAAUGCGAAACAUUUUUCUUUGAACCACCGGACAACCGGACAUGGUGGGUGGCUUGCAUUAGCUCUCAAACACUAAACAGUCCCUAUUAUAUCGCCUACAGGUGGUUAAGACAGAUAAUUGUCACAUUUAUACCUAUCAUCAUUUUACUUGUGUUGAACACACUCAUCCUCAAGGAGUUUACAAGGCUUCGCAAGACGAAACAUGAGAUGUCAAGGGGCCAGCCGUUCGCCCAAGAUGGUUGUGUGCCAGAGAGUAGGAGUAGAGACGAUCAACACCUCAUUUCCCUUUUAAAGGCGGUGAUGAUAUCCUUCUUCGUCACCCUAGUUCCUUCAGGAAUCUGCAAUGCCAUAUACACCGAGGUUCUUGCAACGCGGAUGACGUUCGAAGUCUUCAGGGCUGUUUCAAAUGACCUGGAAAUUCUCAAUCACGCACUCAACUUUUACAUGUACAUACUGUGCAGUAAACCCAUACGAGCCGCUAUCAGAACUUUCUUCCAAGAGCACAAAUUUGUCACCGGCAAAAGAUCAGCCUCCAAUGUGGUCACAGUCGUCCGUAGAUCCAUCAAGAGAGAUCUGAACAACGCACAGCAGGAGCCCACAUCGACCAAGGGGAACGUCAUCCUUCGGAAGCAGACAGUCACUUGCAGGGAUGAUCCAACUCCCAGAGAAAAAUCUUCGACUGUAUCGAAAGAUUCGCAGCAAAGUGAUAUUUUCUCAGACUCCAGCCUAGAUAAUACUUCCGAAAUAGGUAGAUGUUCUACUGAUGGUAGACAUUUGCGAUGUAAACCCAUCAGCGGCUCCACGGACACGCUACACUCCUGGGGAAGCUCAGUACACUGUGAGAUAACGGCUGAAGAGGCAGAAGGGAGAGGAGAGACUCCACGAGGGAGCCUUGAUUCAGGACGCCACGUCGCCCCUGCGAAGCGAGGAGGCUCGCCACUAGCCCCAGAGGAUGUCACGAACACAACCUCACCAGGAGGGAACACAACCUCACCAGGAGGGAACACAACCUCACCAGGAGGGAACACAACCUCACCAGGAGGGAACACAACCUCACCAGGAGGGAACACAACCUCACCAGGAGGGAACACAACCUCACCAGGAGGGAACACAACCUCACCAGGAGGGAACACAACCUCACCAGGAGGGAACACAACCUCACCAGGAGGGAACACAACCUCACCAGGAGGGAACACAACCUCACCAGGAGGGAACACAACCUCACCAGGAGGGAACACAACCUCACCAAGAGGGAACACAACCUCACCAAGAGGGAACACAACCUCACCAAGAGGGAACACAAACGCUCAUGUCAACCCGACAUUCAGACUUGUAGAGGCAAAAGAACUGACCUGACACCUUAGUCUUGUGAGCUUCGUGUGACUGAGUCAGUGAUCUGUAUAUACGAAUAUUUAUUUUUUGACUAUUAAUUUUUCCCAUGUUAUGAUAAAAGGUAAUACAAUUAUGAAUAUAAAAAUAAUAUAUGUUAUUGUUUAUUGAAACAAGGCACGCAGAGAUUAUUAAACAAUUACGGACUUAU